CAUGCAAAUCUCUACCGAGUAAACGGCUGACUCAACGGUCGGGUGGCACGACGUGUACGGCACUUUGGCUUCGCUUGCCAUGCAACUAUUGUGAUGACGAACAAUAGCCGACCUCCCGGUUAACUCAAUUCAAAAAAACAUAAAUCGGCUCACUUGUUCAAAGGGGCAUUCCAAAUACCAAUCAUUUUCGAAAGCGGAGUGUACACAUUCUGGAUUACCUGAUACAAUUUUGACAGCUCUCUAAGGGAUGAUAUAUACACUGGAUUCUCAUCGAGGAAGGUAGAGUCGAGGCCAGAGGAGCUUCUGGAAAUUCGUCAAAAUGUUCUGGAUGCAUACGUUUGGUGUGUUGGUUCUCAUAGUCGUUGGAAGUCAAGCGCAGAAUGCGUGCGAUAGUGGGCCAUGCAAGAACGGCGCCACAUGCCUUGGGUUUGUCAGCCUUCCUACCUUCUUCAUCUGCACGUGCGCCGAUGGAUUCGAAGGGACAACCUGCGAAGAUGAGGUAACUGCAUGUUCCAGUGACCCCUGUCAGAAUGGUGGAACGUGCUUUCCCCAGAGCGGGAUAAGCGAUUACACAUGCCAAUGUGCCAGCGGCUGGACCAGUACAAAUUGUGAAGUGGAGGAGGGACCUUGCGAGAGUUUCCCCUGCCUGAAUGGUGGAACGUGCCAAACCAUGGUCGGUUUUUAUACCUGUGAGUGUCCCGACGGCUGGAUCGGGAUUGACUGUUCCGUGGAAUUCCAGGCAGACAAUUGUGCCAGUGAGCCUUGCAAAAACGGGGGCACUUGUUCCAAUUUUGGAGGAGCCUUUACCUGUGCCUGUCCGACACAGUGGAGCGGUUUAACCUGUGAAGUUGGUAACCCUUGUCUGAGUACCCCGUGCCAAAAUGGAGGCAUCUGCAACAACUUCCAGACAUUUUUCACGUGUAGCUGCAUCAACUCAUGGCGAGGAGACGUCUGCACCGAGGGCCCCUGCAAUAGUGACCCCUGCCAGAAUGGUGGGGUCUGCACCGACGCCAAUGAUGCCUCAUUCUUUACAUGUGACUGCCCAACUGAGUGGUUGGGAACCACUUGCUCAGUAGAGAAUGCUUGCCUUGCUAACCCUUGCAACUCAAACGGCGACUGCACUCCUACCACGACUGGGACUGGUUACGUAUGCUCAUGUAACGUCGGCUGGAAUGGGGCUGAGUGUGAUAUUGCCAAUCCGUGUGAGAGUAACCCGUGUGGUUUGAACGGAGUGUGCCGCAAUAACGACACUGAGUACUACUGCCUGUGCCUCAGCGGAUGGGUGGGCACCAACUGUGAAGCCGAGGAUCCGUGCCUGAGCAGUCCCUGCCAGAACGGAGCGAUGUGCACCGGAGAACCGACCAUGUACAUCUGCACCUGUCAGGAAGGCUGGGUGGGAGACACCUGCAGCAUCGUGGGUGAUCCCUGCCUGAUCCAAGCUCCUUGCAAGAAUGGAGCGACGUGCGUCAAUCCGGACACCGGUUUGUACAACUGCACGUGUGCUGUGGGUUGGAUUGGCACCAACUGUGAUAUUGUUGACACGUGCCUGUCAGCACCUUGCCAGAACGGCGGAAAUUGCACCGUGGAAGUUGACGGAUACUCCUGUUCCUGUGAAGAUGGCUAUUCUGGUGAAAACUGUGAAAUUAUCGAUCCUUGCAUUGUGGAUGACCCUUGCAUGAACGGAGCUACAUGCUUCAACCCGGUGGGCACCAGCGAUUACAAUUGUACAUGUGCUGGGGGAUGGCGGGGAACCAACUGCGAAAUCGAGGACCUGUGUUUUGUCAAUCCAUGCCAAAAUGGUGGCACUUGCGUGUACGAGGGGGACACCGACUUCAACUGCACAUGCCCAGAUGGGUGGAUUGGAGAUGUCUGCGAUUCUGACGACCCCUGCUUGCCAAGCCCUUGUCAAAACAAUGCCACAUGUGUUCUAGACGGUCUCAGUAAUUACAUCUGCAACUGUGUUCCUGGCUGGACAAGCACCGACUGUGAAAUAGAGGACGCAUGUCGAAGCGAUCCUUGCCAGAACGGUGCCACAUGCACAAACACAGACCCUGGGUACGGGUGCACCUGCCCGGACGGUUGGCUGAGCACAAACUGCGAAAUAGCUGAAAGUCCAUGCUUGUCCACCCCUUGUCAGAACAAUGGAACAUGCCAGGACAAUGGGCCGGCUUAUGUGUGUGAUUGUGUGCACGGAUGGUCUGGAUUAAGUUGCGAGGAGGAUCCAUGCUUCAGUAAUCCCUGUGCUAAUGGAGGGACAUGCGACGUUGUUCUGGGCGACAUUGAAGCAAACUUCACCUGUACCUGUCAGCCAGGUUUUCUAGACUUCAACUGUGCCCAAGUUGAUUUUUGUUUCAGUGACCCUUGUCUGAACGGUGCCACCUGUGAACUCCUGCUGGACAGCUACGUGUGUCACUGCGCUGAAGGAUUUCUGGGAACCACAUGUGCUGAAGUUGAUUAUUGCUUCAGUGAUCCGUGCCAGAACAACGCAACAUGUAACCUCUUGUCCAGUGGCCAUAGCUGCACCUGUUUGGAAGGCUAUCUGGGCACACACUGUGAAAUUGAGGAUUUCUGUUUCAGUAACCCAUGCGAGAACGGGGCCACCUGUAACUUGGAGCUGUUUGUGGGCUACAACUGCACCUGUGCUGACGGUUUCCUGGGCACACUCUGCGAGAUCGCCCUGGAGCCAUGCACCUCACACCCCUGUCAGAAUAAUGGAGUGUGCUCACAAACAAAUGACUCCUACACCUGCACUUGUCCAGCCGGGUUCUCCGGACUGAAUUGCGAGGAGGAUUUCUGCAGCAGCAACCCGUGUCAGAACCAGGGAGUGUGCGACCUCAUCCCAAAUGAGGGCUACAACUGCACGUGCCCAGUGGACUACUUCGGCACACACUGCGAAUUCUUUGAUCACUGCUUUGCCCAGCCCUGUCAGAAUGAUGCCACGUGCCAGCUACUUACGGAUGCCAUUGGCUACAAUUGUCUCUGUGUGGAUCCUUACAUCGGCAAAAACUGUGAUGGAAUCGACUUUUGCUUUGACCAGCCCUGUCUGAACGGGGGAACCUGUCAGCUGACAUCCAGCGGCUAUAACUGCCAGUGUGUGGACGGGUUCCUGGGCGAUAACUGCCAACUAAUUGAUCACUGUGCUAGCAAUCCGUGCGUCAAUGGCUCCUGCGCCUUGAUCAAUGACAGCUACUCAUGCGAGUGUGCUAACGGAUUUGUUGGAGUCAACUGCGACAUUGUGAAUCAUUGCAAGAGCGAUCCUUGUGAGAACGGCGGAGGUUGUCAGCUUCUUGAAGAUGGCUACAUCUGCACCUGCCCCAGCGGAUAUGUGGGAACUCACUGUGAAAUUGUGAAUUACUGCGUGAGUGAUCCCUGCCUCAACGGUGCCACGUGCCAGCUGGGAAUGAGUAUGUACAUCUGCCAGUGUGCCGCCGGCUACAUCGGAGACAACUGCCAAAUAGAGGAUUUUUGUUACAACAAGCCUUGCAUGAAUGAUGGGAUAUGCCACCUGGAGCCCAACGGCUUCAACUGUACCUGUCUGGUGCCCUGGAUCGGAGACCAAUGCGAAAUACCCGUACCCUGUGACAGUAACCCAUGCCAAAACGGUGGGACGUGUAAUGCGAUCGGAGCAGAAUACCAGUGUGACUGUAGGCCGGGCUGGACCGGCACUGAAUGCACCUUUGGUUUUGACAAUCCUUGCGCCAGCGACCCUUGCUUCAACGGUGCCACUUGUAUCCUGAUCAAUACCAACACGGCCUUCCUUUGUGAUUGCACCCCGGGAUGGAGUGGGCCUCUGUGCCAGGGAUUUGUGACAUAUGAGCCCUGUUCCAGCAACCCUUGCGUGAACGGUGGGAUCUGUAACCCGUUCAGCUCCUACUACACGUGCAAUUGUUCAGAGUUCUAUUCUGGAAUUGACUGUGAAAUUGUGAGUCCAUGCAUCAGUUCUCCUUGUCAAAAUGGCGGAAUCUGUAGUUACAUCAAAGACGACACUUUUGACGGGUACCGCUGUGAAUGCCCCAUACUCUACAGUGGAACCAACUGUCAAUAUUCCAAUCCGUGUCUCAGUGCACCUUGCAUCAACGGAGGGACAUGUGUCAAUCGUGGCUCGGCGUACACCUGCAGAUGCCCCACAAACUAUGCUGGCACGGACUGCGAGAUAUUUACUGCUUUACCUUGCCUGAGCUAUCCGUGUCAGAACAACGGUAUUUGCCUGAACACAAACGAUGGAUAUGAGUGCACAUGUCCAGCUGGCUACCAAGGCUCACAGUGCCAACUAGUUGCCAACCCUUGUCAGAGCUACCCCUGCAGGAAUGGAGGGACUUGCUUUCAGUCUUCCAUAGCCUAUGCCUACGUCUGUUCCUGCCACACUGGGUAUGGAGGGCCAAACUGCGAGAUAAUCCCCGCCCCCUGCUCCAGCAACCCUUGUCAGAACGGCGGCGAGUGUUUCACCAGCGUUGUGGGCCUGAUCUAUUCCUUCGUAUGCCUCUGUCAGGAUGGCUACAGUGGAACGUACUGCGAGCAAGUGUCCAAUCCUUGCAAUAGCUUGCCUUGCCAGAACAACGGUUUCUGUUACACCACGGGGGCCGGCUAUGCUUGCGCUUGUACCGGCGGAUGGUCAGGCUCGAAUUGCCAGAUUGCACCGGAUCCUUGCGGAAGUAACCCCUGCCAGAACUUUGGCUUCUGUUUCACCAGUGUGGUGGGAUCUGACUAUCAGUAUGUCUGCUUCUGCACGGCCAAUUACAGAGGUCCCAAUUGCGAACUUCCAGCAUUAUCAUCUCCCUGCUCCAGCGAUCCAUGUCAGAAUGGCGGUUUAUGCUUUGAGGCAAUCUCUGGGGGAUCUUACAUCUGUAACUGUCCCACUGGCUACUCCGGACCCACCUGCCUCAUUGAUUUAACCAACCCUUGUCUGAACAACCCGUGUCUGAAUGGGGGAUUCUGUGCAACGAUUACAAAUAACCAAGCUUACAUCUGCACAUGCCCGACUGGCUACAGCGGAAACAAUUGCGAAAUCGACCUGUCCAAUCCUUGUGCCAGCUCUCCUUGCCUCAACGGAGGCUCUUGUUUCCCAUCGGCUGGUGAUUAUGCCUGCAACUGCCCCAUUGGCUGGCAGGGCCUGCAAUGCGAAACAGCCAUCGUGAACCCCUGCGGUAGUUAUCCGUGUCAAAACGGCGGCCGGUGUCUAACCAACUCUAUUAGUGAAUAUGUCUGUGAGUGCACAGCUGGAUAUGGAGGCAUCAACUGCGAAACAGUGUCAGAUCCAUGCGCCAGUAACCCUUGCCUGAAUCAAGCAGCGUGCAUCAACCUUGGUAACGCCUAUCGGUGUAACUGCCUUCAAGGGUACUCCGGAGACAACUGCCAAUUUGUUUCACUACCGGCUGACCCUUGCCUGAGCCAACCCUGCCAGAAUGGUGGAUUCUGUCUGGUGUCCGAUCUCAACAGCGCCUACCAAUGUUUUUGCCCGGUGGGAUAUUCUGGAACACACUGCGAAAUAGCUCCUGUCCCUCAAAAUCCCUGCAACAGUUCCCCCUGCCAGAAUGGAGGAUUCUGUUUCCGUAGCAGCAUCAGUGAGAGCUACAUCUGCUCCUGUGUGAAUGACUACAGUGGAUUACAUUGUGAAACUGCCCCUGCCCCUCCGGAUCCAUGCAACCCCUCCCCCUGUCAGAAUGGUGGAGUCUGUUACCCACAACGCAGUACAGGCCACCUGUGUGACUGCCUGGACAAUUAUGUGGGUGCCAACUGCGAAACGUAUGUUCCACCAGUGGUCCCAUGUGAGAGCAGCCCCUGUCAAAAUGGAGGCAUAUGUUUCCCUCAGGGUGCUGGGUACACGUGUGCGUGUGCAGCUGGGUAUGACGGCCUGCAUUGCGAGAUUGUGACGGACCCCUGUGGCAGCAACCCUUGUUUGUUUGGUGGUGUCUGUACAUCUAGUUCCUCCAGUGGGUUUUCCUGUGCCUGUCUUGAGGGUUACUCCGGCUCUGUCUGUCAGACAGUCACUGCUUGUGCGAGCGCCCCUUGUCAAAAUGGUGCAGUCUGUAUUGUGACAUCAAGUGGAGGCUUUGAAUGCCAGUGUUCAAGUCCUAUGUACGCAGGAACAUUUUGUGAAAUUGAGCUGAAUCCCUGUUCCAGCAAUCCUUGCGGCAUCACUGGUACCUGUGUCAACCGGUUCACCAGCUACCAGUGUAACUGUGAAGCAGGCUGGUCUGGUCUCAACUGUGGCAUUUCUCCAUGCCAAGAGAAUCCAUGUCUGAAUAAUGGACUUUGCUUUCUGUCCGGUACCCAACGUCAAUGUCAGUGUACAUCGGACUGGACAGGCGACUUGUGUGAGACAAUGGUUUUACCAUGCGAUAGCUCACCCUGCCUUAACGGUGCAACAUGCUUGCCCAUCGUCACUACCAGCUUUUUCUGCCAGUGCCCACCUGGAUUUGUCGGUGAUCUUUGCGGAAGUGUACGGGAUCCCUGCAACCCCAACUUGUGCAUGAACGGCGCCACCUGUGAGGUUCAGGGGGCCGGCUUUUCCUGUAGCUGUGCCCCACACUACACCGGUGCCCUNAUGUGAUCAAGUAUUGCCAUGCGAUCCCAGCCCUUGCAACGGCCGAGGGGACUGUGUCGUGACCGAGGAAGGGAGCAUCAAUGGUUACACCUGCGUCUGUCAGACAGGGUGGCUCGGGAAGCAAUGCCAAACAGCUGAGGUUGAUCCCUGUGACAGCAACAUCUGCCAGAAUGGUGGAGUGUGUCGUUCAGAGUCCAUUGGCUCUGCCAUCAAGAACUUUGAGUGCUUGUGCCCCAU